UCGGCCUUGACUCCUGCUCACGAUGUACGCAACAGCGGCGGCGUGUCUCGGAGCGAGCGCGUGAAUCAGCGGUUGCUGGUGGGAGGCGCGGACGCUCCGCACGGCUGCCCGCGGACAGGCGGCGUCCGUGGUUUCGCGACCAGUCAGUCGCCCGCCAUCUGCAGGCUGAACGAGAUGGCCGCGAGGGGCAGCACCGGCGCGCUGCUGGUGGGCGCGGCUGCUUGCCUGAUGCUGACGCAGACGGCGCUGGCUGCCACGGUCAAACGAAAGCCCUUUGACCUAGACGAUAUUACCUCCGGAGAAUUCUCGCCAGAGGAGUUUGACUUCGAGUGGAUAAGUGGGACGGAAAUACUCUACAAGAACGACAGUGAGGUGAUGGCAAUGGAUGUGAGCUCCAUGAAGAGCAGAGUACUUGUACCCAAAGAGGUAUACAGCAGUAUCCAGGCGAACGUGUCUUUGUUGUCGGCAGAUGAGCGCUACGUUCUUCUUGGUUAUGACGUGGAAAAGGUAUUCCGACAUUCAGCAAUUGCGCGUUAUGUAGCCUACAACAUUGCGAAAAACACGACGACGCAGAUCGCCGAUGGGGAGCGACUGCAGUUCGUGGACUGGUCGCCAGAGGGCAACGCGCUCGCCUACGUGCUCCAGAACGACCUGUACUACGUGCCGGAGGUGGGCGGGCAGCCAGUGCGUAUCACUGACGACGGCGUCCCAGACGUCAUCUACAACGGCGUCGCCAACGAACUGACGGACGAGUCGCUGAGCGCCGAGGAGUCGCUGAACAAGGAGGGCGCCAUCUGGUGGUCCCCCAGCGGGUCUCGGCUGGUGCUGGCGCGCUACGACGACUCGGCUGUGCAGAGCAGCAGCCUGCUGCGCUACGGGCAGCCCGGCCUCCUACAGGGCCAGUACGCCACCGUCGUCUCCUUCCGCUACUCCAAGCCGGGCACGCCGAACUCCAGAGUAACGCUGAAGUUGGCAACACUGCCUGCUGCCGGCGAAGCCUCCGUAACCGUCCAACAACUCGUGGGUCCCACAGACGUCCUCGGCAAGGACUGCAAUCCAGAGGACGUCAGCUGGGCUGACGACAACACUCUAAUGGUAUCGUGGAAGAACCGAGUGUCCAACGUGCGGCAGUUUGUCUCCUACAACACCGAAAGCGACACCAAACGUAUGCACGGCCGGCAGGGCGUGAAGAUGGCGCAGCAGUCGGGCUGGCUGGACCCGCAAGUGUCUUUCUUCAGAGAGGGCAACUCGUCGACCUUCAUAACGAUCGACUGGGUGCCGCAGGGUGGCGGCGCCAGCUUCCCGCACGUGGUCUCGGUCACGGGAAAGUCCAUCAAGGCCGUCACCUCUGGAGCGCUGGCGGUCACCGAGAUAUACGGCUGGGCCGACAAUGGCACUGUGUACUACCAGGCGACAGAGGAGGGCCAGCCAUCGAGGCGGCAGGUGUUCGCCGUGGAGGAGGGCGGCAGUCCCCGCUGCCUCAGCUGCGACGUCAUCAGUCCCGAGGGGAACGCCUGCCUGCGCGCCUCCGCCAGCUUCAGCCACGACCUCAGCUGGUUCUGGCUCACCUGCCUCGGGCCCGACCCGCCUGUCAUGACGACGCAUCCGACUGCCGAUCCCGACAGCGACGUGCUGCAGUGGGUGGACAACGAGGAUCUGUGGACGCAGCUGCUGAGGAAGCAGCAGCCGCGCCAGCUGGACGACUGGGUGGAGGUGGGGGGUGGGCUGCGCGCGCAGGUGCGGCUCUGGCUGCCGCCGGGGCUCGAUCCCCGCACCUCUGAGAAGAGGCCCGCCAUCGUCUACGUGUACGCGGGCCCGGGUUCCCAGCAGGUGGACGACUCGUACACGGUGGACCUGAACAGCUACUUCACGACGUCGCGGCGCUACGUGUACAUAGUGAUCGACGGCCGCGGGUCCGGCGGCAGGGACAACAGGACGCUCUUCUCCGUGUACCGCCGGCUGGGCAGCGUCGAAGUCGAGGACCAGAUCAACGUCACCAAGCGGCUGACAGAGAAGUAUGGCUUCAUCGACGCCUCCCGUGUGGGCAUCUGGGGCUGGAGCUACGGCGGCUACGCCACGGCCAUGGCGCUGGCACAGGACGAGGAGGACGUCUUCAGGUGUGGAGUUUCCGUGGCGCCAGUGUCCAGCUGGAUAUACUACAGUUCGCAGUACACGGAAGUGUACAUGGGACUACCGACGCCAGAGGAUAACGAGGCGGGCUACAACGCCAGUGACGUCACCAGGCUGGCGGAACGAUUCCAGAACAAGACGUUCUUCCUGAUCCACGGCACGGCGGACGACAACGUCCACUACCAGCACUCCAUGAUGCUGGCGCGAGCCCUGGAAAAUGCGGGCGUGAUCUUCAGACAACAGAGUUACCCAGACCAAGACCACACCGUGGCUGACCUGAGCACCCACCUCUACCGCAGCGUGGACGAGUUCUUCGCAGAAUGCUUCGAGGACCUGCAGCCUGCAUCCUCUUCGCCUGCAAAGACAGCCAGACGGUUGCUGCCAGUGCUGCUCUUACUGUGCACCGCUGCCUUCAGCUGACUGACGGCACACUUUCACAAGCCAGCCUUAUAGCACCACCUGCAGCAAUUGAGCGGGUACAACGCCACUUCUCCUCUGCCUUCCAUAAAAAUGCUGUAGUAUUAUUUCUUAAGAAUCAUUUACUAGCUACUCAUACUGCAUACUUUUAGAACCAUCAUUUUUAUUGUUCCUCUCCUUUGGUUCCUUUAAGUAAAGACGUGUAAUGAGAUAAGAUGUCAGAAGUGUCCACCAUUUUGCUUUUGCAGUACUGCAUUGUGCCCACACUGACUCAGCAUACUUUGAAGGAACCUGCAUAUCUCCUAUUUUUUACAUUAUUUUAUAUUUCAUGAUGUUGAACAACACAUACCAUACCUUGUGACUUAAACUUAUCUUCCAUAUUAUAUCUCGAUAAUACCUCGACUGGUGAAAUUGCAUCAUUCAGAUAAAGUUCUCUAGAUCUAACAUGUUUCCACUUCUGUGAUAUCAAAAAGAACUGUGGCACCCACUGCAUGGUAUAUAUUAUUGUUACCUUGGUAGAUACAUGUGGUGCCUCAGUAUAUAUGUGUGUAUGUAGAUUGGUCCCUGUGUAUAAUGGCCAAAAUGCAAUGAGAGAGAGAUUACUGAAUAUGCGACAAGUGCUUCAAUAGUGACAUACAACGACCACAUCACCAGGAGUGUAAACAUUCCAAUAAAAUAAAUGCUUUGAUCCA